AUGAUUGAAAUCUCUGGAAACUUCUCAAGACUUGAGCAGCCAGAAAGAGUUUGGGGGAAAAAGGACAGAGAAGGCAGUGUUAGCUUGCUGGGUAGAGAAGCCGUGUUGUUCCUGUAUAUAUAUAUUUUUGGUUUAUUCUUAACGGGUCGUGUUGGAUAUUCGCGAAUUGUAACGGGUCGUGUUUGGACACUUAGAGCAUCGGGGAUGGCGAGACGUCACCAGGAUACUACUAGCUUGGGUGGACCAAGUUAG